UUAAUGGAUUGACAGACAUUUAUCUCUUUUACAUCCGGCAUUCAACUGAGUUAUAUCGCACGUGAAUAAUUUUAUUUAAAGUAAUAAGAUUUGUUAGAGAAUAAUGGAUAAGCCAGUUGUUUGCGCUCGUGUCAUUAAAGUAUUGGGUCGUACUGGUUCCCAAGGUCAAUGUACCCAAGUAAAAGUCGAAUUUAUUGGUGAACAGAACCGGCAAAUUAUUCGCAAUGUGAAAGGACCUGUGCGGGAAGGUGAUAUUUUAACUUUGCUAGAGUCCGAGCGCGAAGCAAGAAGACUACGUUAGGAAAUUAAGUAUUUAAAGAUUUAUUUUCUUUAAAAAUGUCUACUAUGUUGUAUUUAAAAAGUAAAUACAUGUACAAAAGCAAAAUGUAUAGAAAUAGUUUUUUUUGCAGCAACUACUGGCAAAAAAUAAAUAUUGUUAAUCUGUACAUUGAACGGUAAUCUUACUUCGAAUUUUGUAAUAUUAAAUAAAUAAACAUCGAAAAUAUUAAAAUUUUCAACACGAUCA